AAAUUGUGGUCCGAUUAUCGCGAACACCAUGGAAAUCAAUUUAUCGGCGAUAGAGUACGUUGGACAGAUUAGGAGCUCUGAGUCGUCAUGUAUUUUCCGCACACGUUGGCGCGGUAGAGACUGUAUUAUGAAAGUGUACCACAGUAUUGAAGCAUCUCACGCCGACCCCGCAGACCGUGAAGUCGACAUCUUUAGAUGCGAAAGCAAAGCCUAUACUCGACUGAAGGCCCAUGGCCUAUGCGACGAAGGAUAUGUCCCUGAUUUCUAUGGCCUGAUAAAACAAAUCAACCCCAUGGAAUGGUCACCACACUUACAAGAGUUUCUCAAAGAUCGUUUACCUCCCAACGCUGUUUUGCUUGAAUACGUACCGAAUCUUCAGCAGAUCGACCUAUCUACUUUCUCAAUGGAAAGGGUACACAAACUCCGUCAGAUUCUCUCAGAGAUACAUAGAGCUGGAAUCUAUCACGGAGACCCAUUUCCACGAAAUAUGAUGGUUCAGGAAAGCUCAGACAGGGUUCUCUGGAUUGAUUUCGAUCGUGCCCAAACCUUCUCGUAUGACUCAAUCACAACUCGCCAACGGCAAUGGCUGGAAGAGGAAGAUGAAUUGGUGGACUAUUUUGUUGAUGCUCUUGCGGCAGACUACAAGGAAGGCAAGAUUCAUCGCACAUGGGAAUGUUAUUAUGAUAGUAUUUACGAAUUCUCUUGAGUGUUUAAUCGCAAACCCACCAGGUACACCCCCGCAAAAUCAUUCAUGACAUAAGAGAGAACUGUGGCAAGGAAUUGGCUAUACUGGUCUCAAAAGAGAAAACAUGUGUUGAAUAGAAUAUCCGCAUAGGAUUCUGACAAGAUUAAGUUUCGACUCUGGGGCAUGUAUUCUGAAGAAGUAGCAGGAAUAGG